CGGAAAUGACGACAGAGUGUCAACAUGCAAGAUGGCAGCUCAUCACAGGCAGAACACGGCCGGGCGGAGGAAAGUUCAGGUAGUGGCGGGUAGCGGGUCUCCGGCGCGGGGCCCCCCAUGGAGGGAGCGGGGUGCACGUGGUCCAGGGGGCGACCUGAGCGCCGGGUGCUAGGGCCACCAGGGUCUGGGCAAUGGAGGAUGGGGGCGGGGCCGAGCUGUCAAGGAGGGGACACGGGACACCUACCGGGUACUAACCGGCCACUUACCGGCCACUAACCGGGUACUUACCGGGUACUAACCGGCCACUUAACGGGUACUAACCGGCCACUUACCGGGUACUAACCGGCCACUUACCGGGUGCUAACCGGCCACUUACCGGGUGCUAACCGGCCACUUACCGGGUGCUAACCGGCCACUUACCGGGUGCUAACCGGCCACUUACCGGGUGCUAACCGGCCACUUACCGGGUGCUAACCGGCCACUUACCGGGUGCUAACCGGCCACUUACCGGGUGCUAACCGGCCACUUACCUCUCGUGGGGACAUGGGCUACUAACAGGCUACUUACCUCUGGUGGGGACACGGGCUACUAACCCACUACUAACCAGCUACUUACUGGGUACUAACCGGCUACUUGCCUCUGGUGGGGCCACGGGCCACUUACCGGCUACUUACCUCUGGUGGGGCCACGGGCCACUUACCGGCUACUUACCUCUGGUGGGGACACGGGCCACUAACCGGCUACUUACCUCUGGUGGGGACACGGGACACUUACCGGCUACUUACCUCUGGUGGGGACACGGGACACUUACCGGCUACUUACCUCUGGUGGGGACACGGGACACUUACCGGCUACUUACCUCUGGUGGGGACACUUACCGGCUACUUACCUCUGGUGGGGACACGGGACACUUACCGGCCACUUACCGGGUACAUGGGCUACUAACAGGCUACUUACCUCUGGUGGGGACACGGGCUACUAACCCACUACUAACCGGCUACUUACCGGGUACUAACCGGCUACUUACCUCUGGUGGGGACACGGGCUACUAACCCACUACUAACCGGCUACUUAUCGGGUACUAACCGGCUACUUACCUGUGGUGGGGCCACUAAUCCGCUACUAACCGGCUACUUGCCUCUGGUGGGGCCACGGGCCACUUACCGGCUACUUGCCUCUGGUGGGGACACUUACCGGCUACUUGCCUCUGGUGGGGCCACUUACCGGCUACUUGCCUCUGGUGGGGACACUUACCGGCUACUUGCCUCUGGUGGGGACACUUACCGGCUACUUGCCUCUGGUGGGGACACUUACCGGCUACUUGCCUCUGGUGGGGACACUUACCGGCUACUUGCCUCUGGUGGGGACACUUACCGGCUACUUGCCUCUGGUGGGGCCACGGGACACUUACCGGCUACUAACCGGCUACUUACCUCUGGUGGGGCCACUUACCGGCUACUUAUCUCUGGUGGGGACACGGGACACUUACCGGCUACUUAUCUCUGGUGGGGACAUGGGCUGAACACAGGGGUUGAGGGCUCAAUGAGCUUACAUUCUAGAGGGCGUGGGGUAAAGUGACACAAAGGGUAAAAGUAGGGGUACGAAGUAGGUUAUCAGAAAAGUAUACACUGCCCCUCUAUUAGUUCCUAUUUCACGGACGUCUGUCAUACCACUACACAACCUUCGGCACUCCAGAUAUUGUAGACCACAUCUCCCACAAUGCUCUUACAGCCAUAAUGCUGGCAAAGCAUCAUGGGAGGUGUAGUCCAAAACAUCCGCAGUGCUGAAGGUUGCCUAUCCCUGCUCUAGUAGCUGUCCGUGUGUGUGUGCGCUCGCGUAAGAGCCUGUCAGAGUGUGCGCGCGUAAGAGCCUGUCAGAGUGUGCGCGCGUAAGAGCCUGUCAGAGUGUGCGCGCGUAAGAGCCUGUCAGAGUGUGCGCGCGUAAGAGCCUGUCAGAGUGUGCGCGCGUAAGAGCCUGUCAGAGUGUGCGCGCGUAAGAGCCUGUCAGAGUGUGCGCGUAUGUUUAGGUACCUGUUCCCUCCGAUCGCAUGAGGAAGGUUUUUACUCACCUUUUUUCCCACGACGUGCCAGUUUUGCUGUGGCUGGGGCCGCUUCAAUGGCUGAGAUUAUCAGUCUUUAUGAUCUCCGCUAAGCCAAUACCUGUACUUUGCAAAGUAUUGGGAGCAAAACACUGUGCUGUGCAAAUCAGCAGCUCCUCAUUAAAAUGCAUUGAAUUAAUGAAUCUCUAUGAGGAACAUUCAGCGCCUCCAUGCAGAGCUUUGAGAUGCUGAAUGUGGGUGCUGACACUGUGCAGUAGUGACCCAGGACUCUUGGACUCUCUAGUGGCCGUCUGAGUGACUGUCAUUAGAAGUGUUACUAGCCAGCAAUGUAAACACUGCCUUUUAUCUGAAAAUGUCAUGUUUUCAUUGAAAAGCUAGCAGGGACCAGAACAUCUACAUCAAUCUGUAGUUGUUCUGGUGACUAUAGUGUCCCUUUAAAAACUGUUUUUUUUUUGGUUUUUUUUCUCCUUUCAAAUUAAACUUUUAGUUAAAAAAAAACAAAAUGAAAAAGGGUCUCCUAACUUUUUUUUAGCUGGCUCCUAGAUUCCAAACAAAUUUGUCAAGCCCUGGGUUAAGUGCACAUUACCUACUUUGCAUUUUUGUUUAUUGUCCUUACAUCUAACCCAGUUGACCUGUUCAUGACUUUGAAGUUUACCUUGUUUGACAUUGAAAAUGUGAUUUUGCCCAUUGCCAAACAUGGAGCAUGCAGUAUGAAUAGCGUUCUUUUGGCAUACAAAUGUUAGUCACUGUAUAAUAUGGUUAUUUUAUGUUCUUUGCUACCAGAAUCUUUUAAUUUUAUUUAUUUAUUUUGGAGUUUGCAAGGAACUUAUAUGAACUAGUAAAGCAUUUGCUUUGGUGGAAAAAUAUUGUUUUAGAGGCAAAGGUACCCAGUAGUUCAGAUCUUUAAAGCUUAGAUUUCUGAUCCCAGGUAUAUUGUGGAUGUAUUGGAUAUCCAUUCUUCUUGUUAGUGUAAUGAACAUAGUUGUCAUGUUGUGAAUUUUUAUUUCUACUUGAACAACUAAAUUCUUGUAGAUGAUAUUUAUCAAAACAAACUGUUUUAAAACAAGGGGAAAUAGUUCUGAUUCGUUAACAGAAAGCUGAGACUGAUUUUGCUUUCUUUCUGUUUGAAAAAUAAAUACAGAAACAAAAGCCCUUCAUCAGAUGCAGUUUUCUCCUGAGGGGUAAUUAAUCAUGGCACUUGGGGCAAGAGCAUUGCCGUGGGGUAACUCCACAUUUAUCAUGACAGAAUAUUCUGACACUUUUUCCACUAACAAAUACGAUGUAAUCAAUUUUCCCCCAGAAUUGUUCCAGAUUCUGUAAGAACUAGACUUAUUUUUCUAUUUUUUUGGAUGUGAGUUGUGAAUCCCCGCUAGUCCUUUAAGGAGAAUAGUCACACAUAGUGAAAUGUAUAAAAAUAAAGCCCUUUUUAUUUGGUUUUUUUUGUUGUUGGUAGUGCUUUCACCAUUAUGCAUCUGUUUUCAGUAUUGUAAUACUUUUAUAUCUGGAUAGGGGGAAUCUUGUUUUAUUUCUAGCCAGGGUACAUUGUAUCUGUUUGGGGAGAAUUUGUGGUCUGAAACUGCUGCUGGUUGACAGUGGGCACAGGUAAGCCAAGUGGAAUAAUCUUUGACUGUGGAUGAGCAUACAUAGACAUUAAGUGGUCCUCCGCAAACAAGAGUGACUUGACAAAGACAUUUCUGGUGUUGAAACAAUGUAUUUUCACAUAUGAUGGUAUAAUAAACCUCCAUAACACCUUAUCGCUGAGGAUUGUUUAUUGUCUUUAUGUGAAGUAUCUUCGGUGGACGAGGAACAUUGUCUAGGGCUUAACCCGAAACAAGAAUUCCUUGGACUGCCAUACGGUUCUAGUCUAAUUUCAGAAGAGCAUAUAGCCAGCUUUUACAACUCAGGCCUUGUUUAGCCUUUUAUCCUUCCAACAUCAAUAAAAUAACACCUAUUAAACUUGGUUAUAAUACCUAGACCCCAGGAAGUACUUGCAAACAAGUGACAAGCUAAAUGUUUGCAAUAGAAAUAUACUUUGAAGGAGAGAAGAGUUUAUAAGAUUUCACUAAAUUAAAAUCCCUGUAUUAAGGGAUAUAAAUCCUGAAAAAGUUUAUCUACUUUACUUUUUGCAAAAGGCAAUGAACUCUAUUAGACCAUGUCAAUCUAUACAUGAAUUGGAGAUCUGGUUAGGAACAUGCCAAAGUUACUGUUUAAUAAAAGAAUAAUUUGUGAGUGUUUCUCUUUCUACAAAGAUUGCUUUGAUUUAAAGCAACAUUUAACCUGCCAGAAUGUAGGCCACUGAUCUCCUUCCUAAUUAGAUGCAUUUUCCUUGAUACAUUCCCAGUGGUGUGCAGCUAGGUAGCAGGUGUGCUGUGUAUUUUCACCCCAAUGCACCUAUAACACAGCACCUGCUGCUGUGAAAAUUGUCUGGUAGGUGAGGUUCAGAAUUUCCUUUCACAGAACACCUCACUGGUAGUUAUACGGGCUCCAGAGGAAUCCUCCAGGGCAAUUACUGAACGCACAAGAAUAACAAGUCAAUACAGCAGUCUAACCUAUUGUAUACUACACUGUAUAGAGACGAACAGCUGCUUAUUGGGGCCUCUUUCACUAAUAUGAAUUAUGGCUGGAUUUGAUGCAUGCUCUUUAGUGUUUCUCACCUUCCUGCCUGCUGUCAAGCCAUCUAGUACCAUGCUUCUAAUUUAUAUUUUAAGAUAAUGUCUUUUCUCCUCUCUGACCUUAAUAGUUCCUGACACUGCUAAUCAUAAAGUGUCUUACCAGGAAGGAUGCACCGAGGCUUUCUCUUUGAGAAUGUUCUGUGGUGUUACUACUCUGUUUAAUGAUUAUCCAUUCAUCGAUCCUUAAAGAAUGAGGAGCUGAGUUUUGACCCUGCUGGGAAUGUGGCACAAACUGGUUACUUUGUUCAGUAAACCAGAUGUUGCAGAAAACUUACAAGGGGAUAGUAAAUAGGCCAAAUCUCAUAUUUUUCAAAUAGAUAUAUAUUAUAUAUUAUUUUUUUUUGGGGGGUGGGGGGGGGGGUUGUUAUUUAUCCACACUUGUUUUAAUUACUACAUUUUGCAUUGUGCUUUGCGGCUGGUGCAUUUACUACUGGAAUAGGGCAUAGUAACGCCCAUCGAGAAAGUUUCUAAAUAAUUUGGAACCCUGAAGUGAUGUAGGCAGUGUGACAGAAACCAGUAUCUCUGAUGUAACCAGCAGGCUGCCAUUUUCAGUGGAAAGACAAAAUAGAGGCAUAAUUAGAAGCUCGGGGGAGAAAAAUGUAGGGGUCAGCAAAUCUUUCUUUACAGCAGUACAUAGAGGUAGUAGGUGCUUAGGAUUGUUGAAUCGUGAUUUACAAUGCAUAUUUUGCAGGUCUCUUAUGUAAUCCGAGAUGAAGUGGAAAAGUAUAAUCGCAAUGGCGUCAACGCUUUGCAACUCGAUCCCGCCCUAAACAGACUCUUCACCGCUGGAAGGGAUUCUAUCAUUCGGAUAUGGAGUGUCAAUCAGCACAAGGUGAGUUUCUACAUAAGAGAGCGUCCCAGAGUCCUCUUCCCUUACUAGUGACAAGUUCCAUCAUCUGUUUUGUGAAGUAUAGACUAAACAAGUGUGACAUUGAAACAGCGCCAUCAGUAGGUGACGAGGAAAAUCUGCAGAAUAUUUAAAGUCCGGUAGAAGGAGACUCUUCCCUUUCACUAUACUAGCUUACCCUCAAAGCUGAUAUUUUUGUGGAAAAUCCAUAAUGUAAUAUUAUAUAAAUAAGCUGACCUUUCCAUAAAUUAGCCUAAACAUUUGUAACAUUGUUUUGUGUUAAUAAAAACACAGACUUGAUUAGAGCCACCCAAAAUUAAAAAUGUGCAGUCAAUACCCCAACUAUGAACCAUAUUAUUUAAUUACUUUAAAGAGACACUCCAAGCUCCCACGUGUAAGGUUACAGUAAGUUAUGUGUAUGGUGUUCUGGGAGCUCAGUUGUCGUUUUUUUACAAUAGGAAGCUGACCAUUGAACUGCAACUACCAGAUACCCUUACUGUGCCCACAAUGCACUGCACAAGGGGUAUGUUCUGCAGUGGUUUACAAAGUUAAUUGAGCAUGAUUGCUAGAGUCACGUCUCGGUUUCAGAGCUCACGAUCAAUCCUUUACAAUCUAGGGAUUUUCAGCAAAAGCAGGAAGUUCAAUUAUUGCUUUAUUUUAUCUAAUGCUUUCUCUAAAUAACAUAGUAAAGAAAUAUAAAUGAUUCUCCAUAAUCUGUUUUUAGUUGUAUUAUGCUCUGUUAGGUAGGCUACCUAGAACAUGGUGGUGCAACUAGCCUGUGGCGUGAAACUGCAGAUUGCUCUGUAAUACAGAAGUGGUUAUAGCAGUUGGAGUAACCCUUUAAAGCAAAUAUUUAGAUUGGUGUUCGUCUAAUGCAGCCAGCAACCCAUAUAUUUUCAAAUGAAUUAAACUGUUUAAAGAACUUUAAGCCAAGUUGUCAUCGAAUUGCAUGAAGGUUGAACAGGAUAAAUCUGUUUUCAGUCUUUGCAUUGUAAUCAUGAUAAACUAAUAAUCUGCAAGUGUUACUCAUGAAAUGCAUACAAUGUGUGAGUACAUAUAGUCAGCAAAAUGUAGCUAAUAGCUCCUCUUACUACCUUAAUUCCUGUCCUGGGAGAUAUUUAUAAAUUUGCUGAUGGAUUGAAUGGAGCACUUCCUAGAACCCUCAAUCUUCUAGCAGUUAUGACACGUGGAAAGCUCAUCUUUUCACAGGCAUUACUUAACUAUGGAUUUUAUCUUCUCACCUAUUCUAGCAUAUAUAUUUAUUGUAUGUUAAUAGACACCUGUGGAGAUCUGUGGGACAGUCAUGCUUUGCUAAUCACUGUGUGUCAUUGCUUAGGGUCUCUGUUGUGUGAUGAUUAUUGGCAGAGUUCUGUAAUGUGUUAAUGCACACUGCAUGUUACUGUAAGGUUUAUUGAUGGAGCUCCGUAAUUCACAAAUACACACUGCGCAUUACUGUAACGUUUAUUAAUGGACCUCUGUAAUCAACAAAUAUCCAACUACCAGAAACUGUAAGGUUUAUUGAUGGAGCUCUGUAAUGCACUAAUUCACAAUGCAUGUCACAGUGAUUUCUAUUUCUGUGGAGCUCUGUAAUGCACUAAUUCACAAUGCAUGUUACAGUGAUUUCUGUGGAGCUCUGUAAUGCACUAAUUCACAAUGCAUGUUACAGUGAUUUCUGUGGAGCUCUGUAAUGCACUAAUUCACAAUGCAUGUUACAGUGUGUUCUACAUCUUUGGAGCUCUGUAAUGCACUAAUUCACAAUGCAUGUUACAGUGCGUUCUACAUCUGUGCAGCUCUGUAAUGCACUAAUUCACAAUGCAUGUCACAGUGAUUUCUAUUUCUGUUGUGCUUUGUAAUGCACUAAUUCGCAAUGCAUGUUACAGUGCGUUCUACAUCUGUGGAGCUCUGUAAUGCACUAAUUCACAAUGCAUGUCACAGUGAGUAAUAUUUCUGUGGAGCUCUGUAAUGCACUAAUUCACAAUGCAUGUUACAGUGAUUUCUGUGGUGCGCUGUAAUGCACUAAUUCACAAUGCAUGUUACAGUGAUUUCUGUGGAGCUCUGUAAUGCACUAAUUCACAAUGCAUGUCACAGUGAUUUCUAUUUCUGUGGAGCUCUGUAAUGCACUAAUUCACAAUGCAUGUUACAGUGAUUUCUGUGGAGCUCUGUAAUGCACUAAUUCACAAUGCAUGUUACAGUGAUUUCUGUGGAGCUCUGUAAUGCACUAAUUCACAAUGCAUGUUACAGUGUGUUCUACAUCUUUGGAGCUCUGUAAUGCACUAAUUCACAAUGCAUGUUACAGUGCGUUCUACAUCUGUGCAGCUCUGUAAUGCACUAAUUCACAAUGCAUGUCACAGUGAUUUCUAUUUCUGUUGUGCUUUGUAAUGCACUAAUUCACAAUGCAUGUUACAGUGCGUUCUACAUCUGUGGAGCUCUGUAAUGCACUAAUUCACAAUGCAUGUCACAGUGAUUUCUGUGGAGCUCUGUAAUGCACUAAUUCACAAUGCAUGUCACAGUGAGUUCUAUUUCUGUGGAGCUCUGUAAUGCACUAAUGCAUGUCACAGUGAGUUCUAUUUCUGUGGAGCUCAAUGUUACUAAGUUUUGUUGUACAUACAUGGUACACAAUGCAUGACUGAGUUUUAUUGCUGCUGAGCUGUAUGCUGCUCGUAUAGUAAUAGAUUUCAUUUGAGUUUUAUUGUAAACACUGUAAAAAAAUGUAUAUUCGCCACAUUAAAAAUGUGAAUUUACUUAUGUAUUUUAAUUUCCUCUGUUUCAUUUUAGCAAGAUCCCUACAUAGCAUCUAUGGAGCAUCAUACAGACUGGGUAAACGACAUUGUACUCUGCUGCAAUGGGAAGACAUGUAAGUAUUGUACCAAGGAAUGUAUGAAAAUAAGCUGUAUUUCUGUAUGAAUGUGAACAAUGGCACACGUUUUAUGUUUUGAUGAUUUUUGUUCAGGUCUGUUGUUCUUAUAUGUUCGUUACUGGUGUGUAGAAAUGGUGAUGAGGAAGCCUGUAAGAUUCACAGUUCCAACUCUCAUUUAGUAGUUUAAUAAAUGUAUGGAAUUCAGCACUUUAAAGCUACUUCAUUGUGUAGUCAAUUUACAGAAUUACUGCCUUGAUCUUUGCUCUCAGUAUGCUUAAAACAUAGUUCCAUCACCUAUGGAUGUGUAUCUAGAUGUUAUUUGAAGUUACAUUUUUGCAACUAUUUUUAGGAAAAGCUAAUGCUUUUAGACAUUAUAUACAAUAGAUUGUUUUGUUUUUCUUCAAAUUAUUUUACUCUUUUAACCAAAUGUUCAUUGCAUUUGCAGUAAUAUCAGCAUCUUCUGAUACUACUGUUAAAGUUUGGAACGCACAUAAAGGAUUCUGCAUGUCCACUUUAAGGACACAUAAGGUAAUGCUUUAAAAAAGUACUAUCACUUUGCUUGUUAAUUGUUGGCUAUUUUGAAAAAAUAAAUAAUAUAUAUAUAUAUAUAUAUAUAUAUAUAUAUUUGAAACUCUUGCACUCCUACUAAAUAUGCAAACAUACCAGGUGCCAAGUCCCAAUCAAAUAACAAAUAUCAAAAAAUUACCGGCACUCUUGGAUGUAAUUCAUCCGAUUUAUUGUGGAUCAAUUCAAGCGAAGUCAACGUUUCAGCUCCCGAUCGGAGCUUUCUUCAGGACAUAAAGAGCAUAAAAACAUUGCAUAUAACAAACAUAUAUAGGACAUCUCUACCAAUCAGCUGUAUUCCAAAUCCCCAAAUGCCCGGCGUGCACUCAGCGCCUUUGCGCAUGUGUGUCCCCAGAACGAGCUUCUGCAUCACGUAAUAGCGGGGGCCGGGUCUCAAACCCGGAAGCGUCACAGCACCUAGGCAACCACUAACACAUGCUGCCUUGGUUACCGCUGUGUAAACUACAAAGUUACCCGAUCCAUAGUGAAGAGCUCAAAUCAUACUAACAAAUUUAAGCCGAGCAUUAGGGCAUAUAUGGAGAGCCGUCAGAUACAAAUAUAAUAACAAAUGGUUAUCAAUAAUGAAAAUACCAAUUUCAUCUGAGGGAUAUCCAAAAGUCCCACAGUAGCCAUUAUAUUGAAAAAUAUAUAUAAACAAAAGUGAUAUAAAUACAGUUAAACAAUAAUAUACAAAACAAAUAUGUCAGAAAAAUAUAUUCAAUCGAUCUAUGUUGAAGUGUUUUACACUUGAUAGAUAAGUGUUUUGGAGAAGAUUUUUCCAUUUGGAGAUUUGUUCAAAAAGAUUGCUUUUGAAGAGAAUUCCCUUCAACAAUAAAUUAUUUUUUUUUAACUAAUAUUUUUUAGAUAAAAUUGAUUAAAUGCAUCUAAUUAAAGUGUAGAUGAUGGCUCCAAUACACCCACUGAUAGCCGUUUGAAUAUUGCUGGUUAUAAAUGGUGGGGUUACCAAUCGUCCUUAUAGUAUUCAUUUUUUUUAUUUAUAAUAGUCCUUCUGGGUUAAUCACUCCUUGAUUUUUCAAUUAUUUAGCACAUACACCAGAUAAUGCAUAUAGAUGUGUAUUCACAUCAAGCAACAAUAUCCUUCACUUUUAUAGAUAUUCUCACCUUUAAACAUCAUGAGAUCAUAAUAUAUCUUUAAACACAUAUGAUUACAAUGACACUUUGGGUUCCUUAUAACCCAAGACAACUUGAUAACCGUUAACUUUACGAAUUUUUCUGUUUCACAUAAUUAUACUACACUUGUUUACAAGAUGAUCACAAAUAUGGCAGUUUAUAAAACAUUUUUAUACCCAGUAGAUGGAAUUGGAAACAGUUACUUAUAAUCAGUUACAAUUAUAUGUGUACCCAUUUUCGAUCUAUGCUUUAAUAUCCAACAAACAAGAUUGGCAAUUGUUACCAUUUGUAUUAGCUAGUUUAUGAUGUACAUGUAUUCUUGGCUGAAAUGUUUUGUAAUAAUAAAAGGAUCAGCAUCCUAGACCGCGGAGUGGGUGGCCUGUCCUUCUCUAUGAAAAGAGAUGUUCUCUCAGUGAUGGCAGUCGACACAGCGUUAACCAGGACAGAAUGCAUUUAGCGGUUGCCUUGGUGCUGUGACGCCUCCUGUUUUGAGACUUGGCCCCCUUUAUUACGUGGAGUGGGAGGUCUGAUCGGAGGUACACCCUGGGUAUUUAAUAAGUUAAGAUCGUUUGAGUAUAUUUUUUCUGACAUAUUAUUUGUUUUGUAUAUUAUUGUUUAUCUGUAUUUAUAUCACUUUUGUUUAUAUAUAUAUAUAUAUAUAUAUAUAUAUAUAUAUAUAUAUAUAUAUAAAAUUUUAAAUUUUUUUCCAAUAUGAUGGCUACUGUGGGACUUUUGGAUAUCCCUCGGAUGAAAUUGGUAUUUUCAUUAUUGAUAACCAUUUGUUAUUAUAUUUGUAUCUGACAGCUCUCCAUAUAUGCCCUCAUGCUCGGCUUAAAUUUGUUAGUAUGAUUUGAGCUCUUCACUAUGGCUCGGGUAAUUUUGUAGUUUACACAGCGGUAACCAAGGCAGCAUGUGUUAGUGGUUGCCUAGGUGCUGUGACGCUUCCGGGUUUGAGACCUGGCCCCCGCCAUCACAUUAUGCAGAAGCUCGUUCUGGGGACACACAUGCGCUGAGUGCACGCCGGGCAUUUGGGGAUAUGGAAUACAGCUGAUAUGGUGAGUGUUGAUUGGUAGAGAUGUCCUAUAUAUGUUUGUUAUAUGCAAUGUUUUUAUGCUCUUUAUAUCCUGAUGAAAGCUCCGAUCGGGAGCUGAAACGCUGACUUAGCUUGAAUUGAUCCACAAUAAAUCGGAUGAAUUAAAUCCAAGAGUGACGGUAAUUUUUUGAUAUUUGAUAUAUAUAUAUAUAUAUAUAUAUAUAUAUAUAUAUAAUUAGCAUAGUCUGGCAGCACAUGCAAAUUUCUUCUUCCCUCGUCAUCAUGGGAAUCAGGUAAUGCUGUUCUUCUGGUAUUGCCGCAUAGAUACGUGUGUUCUUUAUACAUGCUUUUGCUGCAGGACUCAUUAGGACAAUAGCAUAUUAUGACUGCAAUAAUUGGCAUAUUGGCUAGAAGAGUUCAUAAAACCUAGGAUUAACUAAUGUAUCUCAUAAUUCAAGAAAAUUAUAUUCAUUCUUCAUUAAAGUUAUUCAUUUUCCUUUGCUACAGGAUUAUGUAAAGGCCUUGGCAUACGCAAAGGACAAAGAACUUGUUGCGUCUGCUGGUCUGGACAGACAGAUAUUCCUGUGGGAUGUAAAUACUCUUACUGCCCUGACUGCUUCCAACAACACAGUCACAAGUAAGUCAACAUUUCAUUGCACUUCAACCUUAUUGUUCCAUGCCUUCUUACAUUCCAGGCUCUAUUACACAAAUAACGAAACCAUGCUGUAAAUAGUCACUUUAAAAAAAAAAGUGUAACCCCCUACUCCCACCACCCCAAAUGUCUAUUUGAAAUCUCCAGUGAAUUUUGAAUUAGCAAUAGUAAUACAAUCUUGCUGGGCACUGGUGGUGCAGUUGACCGAUUCUUUUAACCCCUUAAGGACCAAACUUCUGGAAUAAAAGGGAAUCAUGACAUGUCACACAUGUCAUGUGUCCUUAAGGGGUUAAAUAAAAUAUGAAGUGCAUAUAUUCAAGAAUAUGUCCCAAGUACAGCGACUUUGAAGUCCCUGCAUUUGUGGUAAAACUGUUGUCUCUGCAGCUUCUGUAAUAAACUUGACCAAUCCUGCUCACCUAACUUUCUAUAGCACCGCUAAGCUUAUUGCAUAGACUGUAUUUUAUGGUCUCAGAAAUUGUUUUAAAAGUGUUGGGCAGAAAAGGGGAACUUAUGAAGCAUAACUAGUUAAUAUUUAAAUAAAUACCAUUUUAUUAAAUUAUAUAAACCCACCAGAACUGUAACCGAACCUACACAGUGCAUCAUAAAUACCAUUUUAUUAAAUUAUAUAAACCCACCAGAACUGUAACCGAACCUACACAGUGCAUCAUCUCCCACAGUGUGGGAGCCUGGAGAGUCCCUUUAAUAAUAUAAACCCUCCCGGUCUAACUAACUGUAACCGAACCUACACAGUGUAUCUAACGUGUGUGAGAUCCUGGAGUGUUCCUUUAAUAAUAUAAACCCUCCCGGUAUAACGAACUGUAACCUAACCUACACAGUGCAUCUAAUGUGUGUCGGAGCCUGGAGUGUUCCUUUAAUAAUAUAAACCCUCCCGGUAUAACAAACUGUAACCUAACCUACACAGUACAUCUAACGUGUGUAGGAGCCUGGAGUUCCUUUGAACUGCAUCACCAUAUCUUUACAAAAAUGUAAAAUGCUAAUAAAAGGAUGAAUAAUCUGUUCCAAUAAAUGUUGUGUCCGUUCUUAAAGGGACAAUGUAGGUGUUCUGUAACUGCUUCAUAGUUAUAGUGUCUGGAGUCCCCUGGCAAUGUUUUUCUAUUCAGUGUUAAACCGUAUUUAAUGCUAAAAUGUGCUGAUUGGGGCAAAGAGAAAGCAUUAGCCUGCAUAGCAGUGGGUGGCUGUGAUAGAGCGAAAAACCGAUAAGCUGACACUUUCAGCCAAUCACAGUGCCCACAGCUAGAAGGAAGUGUAUAAUCUCUGCCUUAGCCACUGGUUGGAGGAACACUGUCAGGGAAAUACAGGCACUAUAACCCAUUCAAUAAGAUGAAAUCGUUACAGUGCCUACAGUGUCCCUUUACAACACUUUAGAGAUGCAUCUUGUGUGUCAUAUUAGAAAUAAUAUACUAGUGGUUAUAAUAAACCAUUACAAUCUAAGAGGCCUAUCAAGUAAUGCGUUGGAAUGUCAGUCAGUUGCCAAUAAAUGGUACUCCAUGUCUUUGCUAGUUUAUUCACAUGAAAUAAAGACUUUUCAAAAUCAUGGGUAAAAGGUCACGCUUUAUAAUGUGCUAUGUUUAUACUGGAAAUAUUGAAAGACUUUCACUUUCUGUAUGUUUUCAUAUUUAUGUAUUUCUAAAGCAACCAAUAUACAAUCUCACAGUGUAACAGCCUCACGGAAGGCCACACUGUCUGAAAUAUUGACCUUGCUUUUGGGUUUCCUUGUAAAGUUAAAAUGCAAGUUAAGCCAAUGGGAGAGAACUAAAGCAAAGCCUGAUUUCCCCAACAUACGUCAUUGCAUAAUCUUUAGCCUCCUGCCAAGUGUUACCUGAAUAAAUUAUUUACAGCUCCAACCCAUACUGCGGCCCAUUGAUUAUAAGGGAUAACAAACACACAGCUUUUGUUAAUCCAAUUAAAACUUGUUUUCCUGGCACUAUAAGGUCAUUAUAGGGCCCUCCCGCUUUCUCCUGUGUUGGGGAGCUCUACUCCCUCUGCCGACGUCGGCUCCGCACGCGUGGCAAGAGCCGCACGCACAUUCAAACCGACCAUAGGAAAACAUUACUCAAUGCUUUCCUAUGGACGUCCAGCGUCUUCUCACUGUGAUAUUUUUUUUUUUUUUGUGAAAAUCGCUGAAGCGCCUCUAGCGGCUGUCAGGGAGACGGCUACUAGAGGCUGGAUUAACCCUCAGUGAAACAUAGCAGUUUCUCUGAAACUGCUAUGUUUACAGCUGCAGGGUUAAAACUAGAGGGACCUGGCACCCAGACCACUUCAUUGAGCUGAUGUGGUCUGUGUUCCUAUCGUGGUCCUUUAAGUUUUUCCAUUUUUAACUUAAGAGUGUCAAUAGCAGACAGAACAAGCCACAUUUGUGCAGUUUUGGCUGAGGGAAAAUUCAAAUUUUUGUGAAUAAUCCAGACUGUGUCCCCUUCAUAAAUAGUUAACAUGUUUUUCAUUAGCUUCCUCUCUCAGUGGAAACAAGGAUUCUAUCUACAGCCUGGCGAUGAAUCAGAUGGGAACAGUAAUAGUGUCCGGAUCUACAGAAAAGGUAAGAUUCCUGUUCAAUAAAAGAAACCUGAUAUUUAGCUGUUUCUUUCCUUCAGCCACUUACCUUUCUCCAGCGCCGGGCUCCCUCAGCGCUGGGGAACUAGUCUGCUCCAAAAGCGCAUUCGCGGCAAGAGCUGCGCGCGCCUUCAAACCGCCCAUAGGAAAGCAUUACUCAAUGCUUUCCUAUGGACGUCCAGUGUCGUCUUACUGUGAUUUUCACAGUGAGAAUUGCAGAAGCGCCCCUAGAGGCUGGAUUAACCCUCAGUGUAAACAUAGCAGUUUCUGUGAAACUGCUAUGUUUUCAGCUGCAGGGUUAAAACUAGAGGGACCUGGCACCCAGACCACUUCAUUGAGCUGAAGUGGUCUGGGUGCCUAUAGUGGUCCUUUAAAGGAAUUUUGCAAGCACCAUAACCACUACAGGGGCUGUCUGAGCUAAACUAGGCAGUGCAGGGCUUACCUCAUUGGCUGAGAGUGAUUAGCCGACUCUAUCAGCCAGUGAGCUUGCACUGCAGAAUUUAGUUCAGGAGAGAUAAUGCAAGCUACUGCUUAGGAAUGUCCAGCUCUCCAUUGGAAGCCAUGGAGAGAGCGAGCGGUGCCGAACAGUGGAUCCUAGGUAAGAAGCCAAACUCUUCUAAAACAGUUUGACUACUUGCAAUUGGGAGGGCGGGUUAUACUAUUUGCAGUGAUGGUAAUGUCUCUGCCAUAAAGCCAGUCCUUCCCUAAUAAGAAAGUAAUUAAGGGAGGGACGGAGCAAUUGUGACAAGCACUCAAGGGCACAGUGCCUGUAUUAAACGUUUGGCCCCAUAAUCACUUAAUUCAUAUAUAGUUGAUAUAGAGCUGGACUCAGUGCAGAGUGUUCCUUUAAUUUAGAAUUAAUGCUAAUAUUUAUUUUUCAUGCAAGUCUUUGACCUGUUCCCAAACAAUGUUUACUUACAAUUUUUACUUGUUUUGUGUACAGGUUUUAAGGGUCUGGGAUCCACGGACUUGUGCUAAACUGAUGAAGUUGAAAGGGCAUACAGACAAUGUAAAAGCUUUGCUGUUAAACAGAGAUGGCACCCAGGUACGUAAUGUCACAGAGUUUGGACAAGAUCUAGAAUAUCCUUUACUGGAUAAUGCAUGGAAGAAGGUAUAGGUAUGUGACAGGCCCACUCCAAAGAUGAAAAACGUGUAAACGAGGUCACUGUUUGUCAUUUAUAACCAUGUUCUAGUUGAAAUUCUGAAGACCUUGCACAGCAGGUGGUAUUAGGAAGCUGAUUCGUGUUCGUUUUCUUGACACUCUUAAGAAAUCUGCUAGGAGAUGAGUGGUUUUGGAAUGUUGUUCUGUAGGUUUCACAAUAGUCAUGAUCCAUUCCAGAUAUUCCAACUGGAAUUCCAGAUAUUCCAUAUCGCUGCAAAAUCUCGUGGUCACUACUCUAUCCUAAUUCUCCUUGACCUAUCUGCGGCUUUUGACACUGUUGAUCAUCAACAGCUUCUUCUCAUCCUCCGCAAUAUCGGUCUACAAGAUACUGCUCUCUCCUGGUGCUCCUCCUACUUCUCCCAGCGCUCUUUCAGUGUUUCUUUCUCUGGCUCUGCUUCUUCUUCCCAACUCCUCUCUGUUGGUGUCCCCCAAGAUUCAGUCCUUGGUCCCCUACUGUUCUCCAUCUAUACUGCCUCCCUUGGUAAACUCAUUAGCUCCUUUGGCUUCCAAUAUCAUUUCUACGCAGAUGACACGCAAAUCUACCUGUCCUCUCCUGAUCUCCCCCCCUCCCUCUUGACUAGUGUCUCUGACUGCCUCUCUGCUGUUUUUUAACUGGAUUGCUGCCCACUUCCUUAAACUAAACUUGACCAAAACUGAAAUUCUGUUUUUUCCUCCCUCAAGUGUUGUUACUCCUGUGUCUGUCUCCCUCCAAGUCAACGGUGCUACCAUCAACUCCACCACGCAGGCUCGCUGCCUAGGUGUUCUCUUUGACUCCAACCUCUCCUUCAAGCAUCAUGUUCAAUCUAUCUCCAAAUCCUGUCAUUUCCAUCUCAAAAACAUUGCUCGCAACCGACCUUACUUAACGCCAGAUGCGACUAAGGUGUUGGUCCAUUCCACUGUCUCGCCUUGACUACUGUAAUCUGCUUCUCAGUGGUCUUACGUGCUCCCAACUAGCACCGUUACAGUCCAUAAUGAAUGCGGCAGCGAGGCUCAUCUUCCUGUCGCUUCCCUCCUCCGUUAGAUGCUCACCCAGUCUCCACUCCUUCAAAAAAGCGUUAAAAACCCACUUCUUCAUAAAAGCGUAUGAAUUAAACUGUUAAUAGCUCCUGACUGAUUCCUCUUCUGCAACUGUUACUAGUCUAAUAUUAUCCUUACCUUUUUGUGUCAUUUUACCCCACUCCCUGUAGCAUGUAAGCUCAUUGAGCAGGGCCCUCAACCCCUCUGUUCCUGUGUAUCCAACUUGUCUGGUUACAACUACAUGUCUGUUCGUCCACCCAUUGUAAAGCGCUGCGGAAUUUGACGGCACUCUAUAAAUAUCAGAAUAAUAAUAAAUAUCAUAAUAACUGGAAUGAUGUGAAUAUAUCAUGAAUGAAAACGGUGUGUGAGUUUUGCAUGCUGGCUUAGCUAGAAUAUCUUUUCAGUGUCUUUCAGGCAGCUCUGAUGGAACAAUCCGACUCUGGUCUCUUGGGCAGCAGCGGUGCAUAGCAACUUAUAGGGUCCAUGAUGAAGGUGUCUGGGCACUCCAGGUCAAUGAAGGUUUUACUCAUGUGUACUCUGGAGGAAGAGAUCGAAAAAUAUAUUGUACAGACUUGAGAAAUCCUGAUAUUCGAUUGCUUAUCUGUGAGGAGAAAGCGCCGGUUCUAAAAGUAAGCAGUUUUUGUUUUUUUGUUUUGUCCUUCCAUGCUUACUGUUUUUAGGAUUCUGUGUAAAUCCUAAAUCUGGUUAUAUUCUUAUAAAGAUGUAGAACAUGUUUUGUGUGUGUGUGUGUGUGUGUGUGUGUGUGUAUAUAUAUAUAUAUAUUAGUUUUGGGGAUUGAGAAAAGAAAAUCUACACGUGAAGUCAAACAUGAUUACAAUACACUCCAACAAAUAACUGUUUUAAAUAACAGAAUGUGCUUACGAUCCUUGAUCUUUACAAUUCAAAAUACCUUAUGUAAGGAAGCUUGCAAGUAUCAAAUAUAACCUCACAGAGCAGUUUGUUUAAUAAUGGAUAAUCUAGACCAGUCCAUAUUCAUUGUAAGACUAUAACAGGAUUGGUCAGCUUUAACCCCUUAAGGACACAACUUCUGAAAUAAAAGGGAAUCAUGACGGAAUAUUUCCGUCAUGUGUCCUUAAGUGGUUAAAAAUAUCCUUCUUUUGAUUUAUUUAUAACAUGUAAACCUGUGUUUAUUUCCAGAUGGAACUUGACCGAUCUGUAGAUCCUCCAGUAGCACUUUGGGUUUCCACAACAAAAUCGUCUGUAAAUAAAUGGGUAAAAGACAAUGUUUUUAAUACUUUUUUAAAUUUCCUGUUUCCAGUAUUCAUUAAAGGGACACUAUAGUUACCAAAACAGCUUUAGCUUUAAUGAAGCAGUUUGGGUGUAUAGAUCAUGCCCAUGAAGUCUUAAAAAAAAUUAAAAAAAAUCUUGUCUUUUUCUUUUAAACUUGAAUGUUUGCUUUUUAAAGCACUCUUGUAAAACAUCCAUUUUGACACCACUUUCUUCUAGCCUGUCAAAGGUAUACUGAACUUCAGAGCAUCCGGGGAUUAUGAGAAUGACUGUAGCACACCUUUGAGUCCUUUAUGCUCACAACCUGACCAAGUCAUUAAAGGUAAUCAUUGUUUUUGGUUUUUUUUGUCAUACCUGACUGCAAGGAUUAAGCCGACUUUGGAGGGGGAUUCAGGACAAAAAGGGGAAACCAUUUGGUAAAAGGAUCUAGAAUGUGUAUUUGGAAGGGAUAUGUGAGAGGGCAGGAUUGUACCCCUGGAAAUUCCUGCACGGCAAUAGCAUCAGAGUUGUUAAGUGUUAAAAAUGUGGCUAUUAUUGAUACUGCCCUAUUGAUAAAAUGAAGAAAUUUCCCUGGAAUUCUGUGGCAUAAAUUGUUUUCUUCUCCUCCUCUAGGGGGUGCUAGCAUUAUUCAGUGCAACAUACUUAAUGACAAGCGACACAUACUAACCAAAGACACAAAUAACAAUGUGGCAUAUUGGGAUGUUCUGAAGGUAAGAUAUUGGGGUGUUCUCUGUACUCUCUAGAAUAAUUCCUUCUAUCCCACAUGAAUUAUUUUAUAUUGCAUGAUGUUGUGUCGUACAGUUUGACUUAAGCACCAGUACUAUGUAUUAACAGCAAUUCAGCAAAUACAUUGUAUGUAGAUAAGAUGUCUUAUUCAAAUCUCAGGCCGACCCCUUUAACAGCACAUUUGCCAGCCUCCUAUUUCUUUUAUGUUUUAGACACAUUAUGUACAUCUUGCAAAAUGUUUUUUGUUUUGAAUUGUAUUCAUAAAUGAAAGUAAGAGGAGCAUUAAAAACGUUGCCAUAUUCCUUUUAUAAGUACAAGAGAACCAUAGUUUUAUCCAUUAUAUCUUUUAUCUUUAUCAUAUUUCUUAUAUCAUUGAUUUGCAGGCCUGCAAGGUUGAGGAUCUGGGGAAAGUCGAUUUUGAUGAAGAAAUUAAGAAAAAAUUUAAAAUGGUUUACGUUCCAAAUUGGUUUUCUGUUGAUUUAAAGACCGGGGUAAACAUUUUGUCGGCAUCUGUAUUUUCCUAUAUUGUAGAGAGUUUACAAAAAGGUUUUUUUUGUUUUUUUUUUCCUCUCCUCAUUUGGCUACUUUUCUGCUUAAUCUGUCAACUACGUGUUAAAUUAAGAAAGAUCCGAAAUUAAAGAGUUGCUCUAACCACCAUGACCACUUCACUGAUUUGAAGUAGUUAUGGUGGUAGGAGUCAUUAAAUGCAGUGUUUCGGUUUGAAACUCUGACAUACUGAGAUAUUUGUAAUUGUGUGUUGGGAGCUAGAUGCAGCCCAGAACUCUGGGUAGCCUAAUGUCAAUUCUGUGCAUAAAUUACAUUUGUUGUCAGUCCAUACUGUGCAUUGAGCCUUCAAAGGAUUUUAGGUGACUAAAAACUUGUAGUUUUACUAUAAAUUGAGAGGGGAGAAUUUAUCAACCGUGACCAAUAGGGCAUAUUGCACCGGAAGGAUCCCCCCUCAAAAGGGGUUAUAGUAAUCCUUUAAAUUAAACUGAAAUCUGGAAUUUAGUAAACUCCAUCAUUCUACUCUGCAUGCUGUGCUUAGAGAAACACCAGGAUUCACUCUGCAUGCUGUGCUUAGAGAAACACCAGAAUUCACUCUGCCGUGUUUAGAGGUACAUGCUCUGUAGUGCGUUGCAGUGUUAGUAAAACCCAAAGUAGUUUGUGUAGGUUUAGUAAUGUGACUUUGAGAUCUACGUACAGAUUUGUAUAUAGAUGGCUCAUUUUACUGUCGUUUUCUGAUCUACUUGAAGAUUAUGAACUGUAGUUUAAUGUAUACAGAACUCGGAGAACUGUGUUUUAAAGCUUGUUAUACUUUAGUUUUGCAUUAUACAAAUGAACACUGCGUAGUGUGAAUUGGAGGUAGGUAGCGAUAGAUGGCGUUCACAGUACUGGCUUAUGUUAAAUAUUCUAAACCACUUUCCUUUGGCAGAUGCUGACCAUUACAUUGGAUGAGAGUGACUGCUUUGCUGCAUGGGUAUCUGCGAAGGACACUGGAUUCAGCAGUCCGGAUGGCUCAGAUCCAAAAUGUAAGAUUUGAGAUGGCAUUGUGUGGGCAACUUGCUAUCUCACCUCUAGUAGUUCCUUGCAGAAUUUUGAAUAAGAUCUAAUAAAACCAGAUGGCUUUCCUUGAAGACUAAAACAAUGUUACUGAAACCUCAUAAAAUACUUGGUAAAAACAAUGUAGCCUUUUACAAUUAUCUAUUAAGGAGCAACCCAUUGUUAACCUCUCUGAUCAAACAAAAUAAAUGUGCAACAAAAGUAAACGUUCCUUUAAAAGAAAGAUGGUAAUUGUGAUUUUUGGGUUUUUUUUUUUCAGUGAACCUCGGUGGUCUCCUAUUACAAGCAUUGCUGGAGUUUUGGCCAAGAACGCAUAUCAAUCCUAUGGAAGAAGAGGAAAAUGAAGUAAAUCAUGGUGAGUGUUUCUAUCUUUACAAAUUCUUCAUGACAUGAGGUUAUGUGGUGACUUCCUUGGAUGGACACCAGAAGACUUUGUGUCCAUCCUGCUUACAUAAACUAUAACAUGAAAAGUUACUGGCUAGGGAAAAUGGGGUUUAUAAAUAAAUUGUCUCACUUCCUAGUCAGUAUUUUCCCCCCGGAUUAGAGGCAGUGCACAACAGGGCUUUUCUCUACUCUAGAGGGAAUUUUUUUAAGUUCUUUCCCAAACUCCUCCUUCGGUACUAUGAAGUGCCACAAAUCAGAAUAAUCUCCAGUGCUUGGCCUGCUCUGGCAGGAUAGGUCAGUCCGGCUUAACCUUUAUUAUUUGCCCUGGAGCAUGGUUGAGGGAGCUGCGGAUUAGAGGCUCUGCUCCGGUUCUCCGUGGAAGCACGGGCUGGAAAGACUUGUUUCUCCAGUCAUUUGGCAAAUUUUCUUUCAUAAAUGCCUAAAAUCUGAGCUUCAGCUCUUAUGUUCUCUAGGUAAGCUGGGCUCUAGUCACAUCUCCCUGCAUGUGACUUGCACAGCCUUCCUAAACACUUCCUGAAAAGUAACCUAGAUAUUCUAGGUUCCUGUUUAAUUUAGAAUUUCUUAUCCCCUGCUCUGUUAAGUCUCCUGGACCCUGUAGAAGCCUCCUGUGUAUUAUUAAAAUUCAAUUUACAGUGCAGGAGAUAAACUUCUAAAUCAAGAUAACAUCUGAUGCAGUCUGUAUGAGUCACAGCCAGAGAAAAGUGUGGCUAGGGCUGCAUAAACAGAAACAAAAGUAAUUCAAUUCUCUGCCAUUUAGGAGUUAAACAGUGGACCAUGGUCUACAUGCCAAACUGCCUCAUUAAAGCGACACUGUAGUCCUGAAAACAACUGUAGCUUAAUUAAGCAGUUUUGGUGUAUAGAUAAUGCUUCUGAAGUUUCACAGCUCAAUUCACUGCAAUUUAGAAGUUAAAUCACUUUUUCUGUUUAUGCAGCUCUAGCCACACCUCCCCUGGAUGUGACUGACACAGCCUGCAUGAAAAUAAAAAUGGUUUUAAUUUUUAAUCAGAUGUUACUUACUUUAAAAGUUUUUAUCUCCUAUUCUAAAUUUAUUUAAUUUUUUUAAAGAUAGUUCUUUAUUGACAUAAAGCAAUCAGGUAUAAGCAUUGCAUUGUAUGACAAUUUAUUAGGAUAGCAUGGAUUAAACAUUUGAUACAGAUGUGAUGUAAUGCGUGUAUACUGCUCACGCAUACAACCAUGGAUACAUUAACAACUUUUUAGUACAGUCUGUUAGCGACCAGUGUAUAUAGUAAUUUCCCUGUUGGGCGAUAUGCCAUACCCUCUCGUCACCUGCGUGAUGCUUGUGUUGAACUAUACAUUUUUUUAAUGUGUUUUUAUAUAUAUAUAUAUAUAUAUAUAUAUAUAUAUUCAUACAUUAACAGUGACUAACGCUUAUCAAUACGUCGAACAAAGCACUUAGCUCUUCUUUAAGUAAACAAGAGACGGGGUAUUCGUGAUAAGAGGGAAAGAGGCCCUUGUCCCUGCUUCACCCCUCAAUAGUUUCCAGUUGUCGCUAUUGCUACGGGGUUUUCGUGGUCGACCUGGUUUACCCUAUAGGGCUGUAAGAGAGGUGAGGGCAAGAGGGGUCAUAAUGGAUGAGAGUGGUACCUGUCAUUCAGCCGCUUGGGCCAGUCCCUGUGUCUGUAUGUCAGGGGGAAAAGUAUAGAGUAAUCUGUAUUGUCUCCCCUAAAUUGAACAUUUAUCACACACAGGAGCUGGGUCUAGCAAACUAUUGGCAUAAUUUGCAAUAAAGGAAGUGUAAACAUUAGAUGACUCUUUACAGGAAAUGUUUACAGGAAGGCUGUGUAAGUCACAUGCAAGGUGUGACUAGGGCUGCAUAAAUAAAGUGAUUUAACUCCUAAAUAGUGCUAGGGUUGUAUUUACAUAACAAUACCGGCACACCUUUCAUUUAAUUAUUGAAGAAUGAUGUCUUUUUACUAUCUGUGUGUGUAUUUUCCUGUACUUAUUUUUAUUUUGCAGUGGCAAAUGGAGAGCCUGAAACUAGGAUACAGAAAGGCAAUGGCUAUUUCCAAGUGCCACCUCACACCCCUGUGAUCUUUGGUGAAGCUGGGGGGCGCACUCUCUUCAGGUAAUAGAAUGUUCAUUAGCGUAUCUGUCGCUCACAGUUAUACAAAAUAAUAAGGAAGUUGUUCAUAAAUGACAGUGAAGCCCAUAAGCAAGCAGCUUAUAAUUUGUUUUUUAAAAUCUUGUAAUGUAAAAACCGUGUGGGAAGGGAGGACAAUACACACUGCUUCACCAUAAGUGCUACACUGCAUUCUACUAGUUGUAACACCCCAAUAGCUUCCCCACACAGAGCUUUUUAGCAUAUCCAUCCUUCCCCCACAACAUUUUUUUUUUUAAAUGCACACAUUGCAGCCUCUGCACAGUUAGUCUAUUACAAUGUAAAAGAGGGGGAAAUAGCAGGAAAGGUACAGAAAGAUUGACUGAAGAUAGAGGUUGAAUAAACAGAUGCGGGGGUGCACCAAAGCAGCAGUUAUUGGUAUUGCAGUGUAAAACAUCAGUUAACAUGCAUUCAUAUUUUAAGUCUCAGCACCAGAAUGCCAUCAUUAUUUUGGAGAUGUAUGCACAACUAAACCCAGGUAUUCUUCAAUUUUAGGUUAUUGUGCAGGGAUUCUGGGGGUGAAACGGAAUCUAUGCUCCUCAACGAGACAGUGCCGCAGUGGGUGAUCGACAUCACUGUGGAUGUAAGAUUUUUCUUACAUUUUUGUUACUGUAAUAUUUAGCAGGAAAUGUGUCUUUGAGAAUCAAAGAUGUUGUUUUUGUAUUAUUAGUUCCUUGUCUUGUCCUGCCAUUUUCCUCGCUCAGUUCUACCUUGUAGUGGUGUGAAUGUUGUACUUUUAUGUAAUCAGUGAUAUAAUAAGAAAUAAGAUACGUAGUUACAACUAGUCGUGACGCCAAUAUGAACUACUGGGUCAUACGCCAAUUAAAGUAAGAGGAGGUAUUAAGAUUUUUCUAUAGAAUAAUCUUCAACUUAUUUUAGACAAUUCCUUUACCCACAAAGCUAAUAAUCUCUGCUAUUAGAUGUUUUACUCCGCAGACAUAUAGCUUUUGAUGCAUUCCGCGUAUACCUAUUGUAUCAGUUUCCGUUACCAUUUGUUAAAUUGUAAAUUACUUUAUUUUUUCUUAUCUUUGUUUGUACAGCUGUUCUUGUAAGGUCUUAUCAAGUUGUCUACAUACGUUUUUCAAAUAUUGCUUCGUAUUCAUCAAAACCGCCUUACCCCUCCCCCCUUGUCUACGCUCUGAUAAAUAUACUUUUAUUUUUCUCGUUCUAGUGAAUACUCAGCAAUAUUUGAGACAAUUAUUUACAACAGUCAUAUUUUGGUGUUCAUGUAAAAUUGGAAAACAUUUAUUUUUUAAAUGAUCUGUUUUGAUUUAUAGAAAAAUAUGCCGAAAUUCAAUAAAAUUCCAUUCUACCUCCAACCUCAUUCAUCAUCGGGUGCAAAAACUUUGAAAAAGUAAGUAUAUUUAGCAUACUUAAAAAUGUGGAAAAAACCCCGAAACAAAACAUACAAUUUCACAUUGUAGAAAGUAAAGAUUGGAUGUUGCAAAUUCAUUAUAUAGGAAAUAUCACGUUAUCCUGCAGUUUAUAGACUUGAAAGGAUAUUGAAGUAAAAGCAAGUAAGCAAUGUUAGUAAUGAUUUCCUGGUUGUGUCAGGACUUUGCAGACAUUCUAACAUAUUGCAAUCUUCAGAGCAGGGAAUUUUCACAUUUCCCCACCAGUUGUUUUCUGAUUAAAGUUCCCAGAAUCCUUCGCCAAUAAUUAUGGCUGCUGUAUAGUGUUCAGAAAGACUGACACACAUCUAGUAUUUCUUAAUGCAACAUUAAAAAAAAGUGCUUUGACAGAGAACGUGUAGUCUGUGUGCCAUGGAAUGUGAACAUCUAAAUGAAAGGUUACAUUUUUUAAAUGCGAUUUUGCAUGAAAAUCCGCAAGAAAGUUUCUGAAUUAAAGGUCAAAAUUGUAAAAAUGUUUUCAAUGUGGCUAUAUUAUACUGAAAUGCACUAGUCUCCAUAAUUCCCACUUUAGUGAAUGUUUGUGUGACAGGAAAGCCUGCACCUUAAAACAUUUGCAAGAGGGAAGUAGUCUUGUGCACCGCUCACCUGUCUAAUAAUUUAAGGGCUAAAAGGAAUAACUGCUGUGUAAUUCUAUGCCCUAAUAUUCUUCAGUAUAUACACUGUUGCCUGCUUUAGGGAUCGAUUGUCAGCAAGCGAUAUGCUGCAAGUCCGAAAAGUGAUGGAACACGUGUACGAGAAAAUUAUUAAUGUGGAUACAGAGUCUCAGACAACAAGCUCCUCGAAUAAUGAGAAACCUGGAGAACAAGAGAAGGAGGAAGAUAUUGCCGUACUUGCAGAAGAAAAGAUUGAGCUGUUGUGUCAGGACCAGGUAAUUAGGUUUUUAUUGUUUAGAAUUAACUUUGAACAUUUAGCAUGGAAUUCAAUUCAAUUAUUAAUCGGAUAAUUGAAACAGUCAAGUAGCUUUUGUUUGUUUUAAGAUUCUAUACCAAAAUCAUGGGGGGUGGGGGGGGUUUGUUUUCUUCCUUACUGUACAUGUAUUCAGUUUUAAAUUAUUGGGUAAAUCUGUGCAUUUCUUCCUGCUGUAUAACUUAAGUCUGCAGUAGCCAGUACAGUUACGCAGUGAAUUUUGAGAAAAGCUAGUCAACAUUUUGACGGCAUCUAACUAAGCUAAUCUAAAGGACCAUAAAAUAAAGCAAUCCUGUCUUUACCAUAAUAAUACUUUUAAAAUGAGAUGCAAUCUUGGUGGUGGUGGGGGAGAGAGCAGGGGCAAUAAAACAACUUGUGGUCAGACUAAAAUGUAUUUUAUUAUGGACAGAUUAAUGUUUAUGGUAUAGUUUUCUAUCCAAGAUGUCUUGUCAUAAAAUGGUAUUUUGGAAGGAAAUAUAAACUUUUCUUUCUGUUUUUUUUGUUUACAGAUUUUAGAUCCCAACAUGGACCUUAGAACCGUAAAGCACUUCAUUUUUAAGAGCGGUGGAGAUCUGACACUCCAUUAUCGUCAAAAAUCAACGUGAACCAAUCAAUGCCUGGACCUAAACAUCCUUAAACAGCAGCUCUGGUUUAACAAUACGUACUGUAUAGAAGCCUACUGAACUUUGAAAUGCACAGACCGUUAAUUGAGGCAGUAUAGACCUGCACCUGUAUAUUUAGCCAGUCUUUCUGUAAUCAAUUAACAAAAUACCUUUUGGCUUCAGUCAUUUUAAUGUGCAUAUGGAAUGAUGGCAAGGCUAUUGUUCUCAUGUAAUGUAAAAAAUGAGCUCUGUCUAAAGCUUCCUUUGCUUUCUGAUUCCAAUACUUUAUGAACCUUUUCACUAUUUUGAACUUUUAAUUUUACCUUGAAAUUUAAUCUGGUUUUGGUCAACCUACACCCUGCGUGUAAGUACAUUCCAUCUUCCUAAGACAUUAGGAAAUGCUCAAGGCCUUGUUCUAUUGGUGGAGAACCCCAUUAUUCUUCACAUAUGCCCCCCCUCCCCCAUUGUUUCAUUUUCAGUUUCUUGUAAUGUAGUGACAAUGUUCUUGCAGAGUAAAUUAAGCCAACAAAGGAAAAACAAAAAAAGUUUCAUGAUGCUGUGCAUCGUUUAAAGAAAGGAAAAAAAACCUCUCCCCCUUUAAAGUGAAUUGAAACACAGUUUGCACCGACUUCCAUUGGUAUUCUGAAAUCCAAAGUGACGAUCUAGCUGAUAUUUUAUAUUGAGUAAUGUUUAGAAAUGUCUCUGGCACAGCCUUUAUGGCUAAUUAAAGCUGAUAUCUAGACUGCGAAUACAUUUCAUAUUCCGUCUGUAACACUUGUGCAAUUAUGAGGAUAUGUAAACAAAAUGUUUUUUUUUUUUGUUUUUUCUCUCUCCCUGAAUCCCCCCUUUUAAUUUCAUUUUACUGCCAGUGAAGUUGAACACAAGUUUCUUUCUACGUUGGCCACGAGGUGCUUUUUUUUUUUCUUCCAUUCCAUAUGAAGAAUUUAUUACUUCCUUCUUACAGAUUUCUUUUUUUUUUUUUUUUUUUCUUAUGGCUAAUAUAAGCUAUUAAUAUUUGUCAGAUUUGUAAAGUUUCAAUAUCAGAAACAUGACUUUUACGAUGAAGUCUGGAAACAUUUGCAUGAUUGGUCAUGUUGUAGUUGCACUUCCUAUUAAAGAGUUGUAAUAUAAAAUUCAAAGUGCACUGAUACACAAGUUUAAAAAUUGAUAAAUUCCCACUUCUAUACUUUAUUUUUAUUAUUAAAGGAAUAGUCCAAGCAUUGUAGCCACUAACGCUUAUUGUUAUGGUGCAAGGGUCUUUGGGUGCAUUCCAUCUUGCUUUUGUGGUUUGAUGAUAACCUGGGUUCUCCCCUUUUUAAAGCCUGUUACCUGUUAAGAACACUUUCCCUGGUCCUAUUCCUAUCAUCCAAAUACAGGCUAUAUCUUGCUGCAGCAAAACCACUAGGCUUUGGGGUUUUGUCAUAUUGCGUAAACAAUCUGACUGCACCCAAAGAAUCCUCACACUAUAACCAUUACAGUAACCUGUAAUAGUUCUGGUGCUCAUUCACAGACUGUCACGAAUUGACAGCAUUAUUGCAACAUUUAGACCAAAAGAGCAGUUUGGGGGGAAAAAAACACUUAUCAGUGAACAGAAACCUAAAGAGAUUUUUAAAUUUUUUUUUUUUUUUUAAACCUACUACGUGAGCACCCAUUGAUUUAACACUCUCUUUCCAUUCCUUUGAGAUGUUUCGUUAAAUAUUGUUAACAUUUUUGUUGUUCAAUGCAAAACUUGUAUAUAUUCACCAUUUCCCUUUUAAUGCUGUGUAAUACUGGGGAACAUACAGAUUAGUUUAAUGAAGUGUAUUUUAUGGUUGUAUAGAAUAAAAUAUUUGAUUAAAAACUUGUUUAUAAAUCUG